AAAAAAAACCUUUUUUUUUAUUUUUUUAUAAUUUUCUCCCAUUACUAUCCAAGAACCUUCUUCGCUCGAUGGCGUGAGGAGCUGCCAAAGUCCGGGACUUUUCAUUCUUCCUGUUCAAAUAAAAAAAGAAAAUUUGGGUUUGGUUUUUUCAAAUGAAAUGAAACAUAUUUGAUUCAGUCAUCUUUCCUCGUCGCCACCCCAUUAAGACUCUUCCUCAGAGCUUUUUUCUUGCAAAAGACGUCCUCUAUUUUUUUUUUUUUUUUAAUUUUUAACAAAGCAGGCCGUAGCAGCCUCUGUGGAAAUGGGAACGUCCUCAUUUUUAUUUCAAUGCCUUUGACUUUGGACAUUUCCAUCUUUCAAAAACGCCAUUCCAACAACAACAACAGAAUGGAAAACCCUCCAACCCCAAGCUCUAUAAUUAACACAUCUCCUUUUCAUUACGCAGAUACUCUGUUAUCCCUUUCAAUGUCUUGUUCUUAAAGCUACUUGCUUUUAGAUUAUAUACCGACGAUCAUAAACAACAGGUUCUUUCAUUCUUUCUCGCUUCUUUGUAUUUGUAUUUGUAUUUGUACCAUAGUUUUAUAUGUAUACAUACUUCUUUUUAAUUUGUAAAUUAUUUUGUAGUACUAGGUGUGGCUUUUCGAAUUCUGGGUUGUUUUUUGUUUCUUAAUAUCUGUUGCUGAAGUUUGGUUUUUUAGCAAAUUUGGGUGAAAUCACAAUCUGGGUAUUUCUUGAAUUUUGUUGAUUUGUUAACUUUUGAGCUGUUGGAGAUGUCUUUGAUCCAUAGAUCAUAGCCUCAAAAGUGGUUCCUGUAGAUUUUGUUACUGUAUUUUAUAUUCCUCUGAUCUAAGAGAAGAAAGUUGAAGGGGAUCCUGGAUUUGUUUUGGGGAUGGAUUCAAAAAUCCCAGUUGAGAAUUUGUUUAGUAUUGAACCCGUUCUAAGUUCCUCGUCAAGAAGGAGCAUUUCUACUCAUUCCAAAGCUUCGAGUGGGAAUUCCAUUAGGGAAGUGAAUUUUAGUGAUUUGGGGUCAAAACCUGUAAGAUAUGGAUCUCAUGGUGCUGAGUCAGAGACAUAUAGCAUGUCACAGAAAGAGAUCAAUGAUGAAGAUGCUAGGUUGGUACAAAUAAAUGAUCCUGUCAAGACAAAUGAGAGGUUUGAGUUUGCUGGGAAUUCCAUUCGGACUGGAAAGUACUCAAUCUUAACAUUUUUGCCUAGGAACUUGUUUGAGCAGUUUCACAGAGUUGCCUAUAUAUACUUCCUUGUGAUUGCCGUGCUUAAUCAGCUGCCUCAGCUUGCGGUUUUUGGCCGUGGAGCUUCCAUUAUGCCAUUGGCAAUUGUCCUUCUGGUUACAGCAGUUAAAGAUGCAUAUGAGGACUACAGGCGCCAUAGGUCGGACACGAUUGAGAAUAAUAGGCUAGCAUCAGUUUUGGUAAAUGACCACUUUCAACAAAAGAAAUGGAAGAACAUUCAGGUUGGUGAGAUAAUCAAGAUUCAUGCAAAUGAAACUAUUCCUUGUGAUAUGGUUCUGCUCUCAACUAGUGAUCCGACUGGGGUUGCAUACGUGCAGACUAUUAAUUUGGAUGGAGAGUCCAAUUUGAAGACACGAUAUGCAAAACAGGAGACCGUUCUAAAGAUUACUGAAAAGGAGAAGAUUGCUGGGUUGAUUAAGUGUGAGAAACCCAACAGGAACAUAUAUGGGUUUCAGGCUAACAUGGAAAUUGAUGGGAAACGGGUGUCGCUUGGUCCCUCCAAUAUUAUACUUCGUGGCUGUGAGCUCAAAAAUACUGCUUGGGCAGUUGGGGUUGCCGUCUAUGCUGGCCGUGAGACCAAAGUGAUGCUUAACAGCUCAGGAGCCCCAUCUAAGAGGAGCCGGCUUGAGACUCAUAUGAACUCGGAGAUCAUCUUCCUCUCACUGUUUCUUAUUGCUCUGUGUACAGUUGUCUCUGUCUGUGCUGCUGUUUGGUUGAGGCGCCACAGAGAUGAGUUGGACUACUUGCCCUUUUACAGAAGAAAGGACUUCUCUGAGGCAGAAGAAGAAAAUUAUAAUUAUUAUGGAUGGGGAUUGGAAAUAUUUUUCACAUUCCUUAUGUCGGUAAUUGUGUUCCAGAUCAUGAUCCCCAUCUCGUUGUAUAUUUCCAUGGAGCUAGUCCGGGUUGGUCAGGCUUACUUCAUGAUUCGAGAUACCCAAAUGUAUGAUGAAUCUUCAGAUUCAAGAUUUCAGUGUCGGGCUUUGAAUAUUAAUGAGGACCUAGGGCAAAUAAAAUAUGUUUUCUCUGACAAAACUGGUACACUUACUGAGAACAAAAUGGAAUUUCAGUGUGCCAGCAUUUGGGGGGUAGAUUACAGUGGUGGAAAGGCCACUUCACAAGAUCAGGAAGAUGGUUACUUUGUCGAAGUGGAUGGGAAGGUUUUGAGGCCUAAGAUGAAGGUAAAGACUGACCCCGAGCUUCUACAAAUUGCAAAGAAUGGAAAAGAGACAAAAGAUGGCUGUCAUGUCCAUGAUUUCUUCCUUGCACUAGCAGCUUGCAAUACAAUUGUACCUCUAAUCCUUGAUACGCCUGAUCCUAUUGUGAAGUUGAUAGAUUACCAAGGGGAGUCUCCAGAUGAACAGGCAUUGGUCUAUGCUGCUGCAUCAUAUGGAUUUAUGCUGAUAGAAAGAACCUCUGGCCAUGUUGUUAUUGACAUUCAAGGAGUUAGGCAAAGGUUCAAUGUUUUGGGUUUACACGAGUUUGAUAGUGAUCGGAAGCGGAUGUCUGUUAUAUUGGGGUUCCCUGACCAAUCUGUAAAAGUGUUUGUAAAAGGUGCUGACACAUCAAUGUUUAGUGUCAUGGACAGAUCCAUGAAUAUAAAUGUAAAACGCAUAACUGAAGCCCAUCUUUAUUCUUACUCCUCAUUGGGCUUGAGAACACUUGUGGUUGGAAUGAGAGAAUUGAGUACUUCAGAAUUUGACGAUUGGCACUCUGCAUUUGAGGCAGCAAGCACUGCUCUAAUGGGUAGAGCCAGUUUGCUUCGGAAGGUUGCAAGCAAUAUAGAAAACAAUCUCUGCAUACUGGGUGCCUCUGGUAUUGAAGAUAAACUGCAACAAGGAGUGCCAGAAGCGAUUGAGUCUCUUAGAACAGCAGGGAUCAAAGUAUGGGUGUUGACUGGGGACAAGCAAGAAACUGCUAUAUCAAUUGGGUACUCCUCGAAGCUCUUGACGAGUAAAAUGACGCAAAUUAUAAUUAACAGCAACUCUAUGGAGUCAUGCAGAAAGAGUUUAGAAGAUGCCAUCAUCAUGUCUAAGAAACUCACUACUAUAUCAGGCAAUAUAAAUAAUACUGGAGGAACUUUAGGAACUGUUUUAACUCCAGUAGCCUUGAUUAUUGAUGGUACCAGCCUUGUAUAUAUUCUUGACAGUGAACUUGAAGAAAGGCUCUUCCAGUUAGCCUGUAAUUGUUCUGUGGUUUUGUGUUGUCGGGUGGCCCCGUUACAAAAAGCUGGAAUCGUUUCCCUUGUAAAGAAAAGGACUGUGGAUAUGACACUUGCCAUUGGGGAUGGUGCUAAUGAUGUUUCAAUGAUCCAAAUGGCGGACGUGGGAGUCGGCAUUAGUGGCCAAGAGGGUAGGCAAGCUGUAAUGGCAUCAGAUUUUGCAAUGGGGCAGUUCAGAUUCUUAGUUACUCUUUUGUUGGUGCAUGGCCACUGGAAUUACCAGCGGAUGGGCUACAUGAUACUAUACAAUUUUUACAGGAAUGCAGUGUUUGUCCUUGUUUUAUUUUGGUAUGUGCUCUUUACGUGUUUCACUUUGACCACUGCAAUCACUGAGUGGAGCAGUGUGUUGUAUUCUGUAAUCUACACAUCAGUGCCUACUAUAGUUGUUGGUAUUCUUGACAAGGACCUAAAUAGAAGAACUCUUUUAAAGUAUCCUCAGCUCUAUGGGGCUGGGCACAGACAAGAAUGCUACAACAAGAGACUUUUUUGGAUAACAAUGAUUGAUACUUUCUGGCAAAGUGCAGUUGCCUUUUUUAUUCCUCUUCUUGCAUACUGGGGCGGCACCAUUGAUGCAUCAAGUAUAGGAGAUCUUUGGACCCUUGCAGUUGUUAUAUUGGUUAAUUUACACUUGGCCAUGGAUGUCAUCCGCUGGAAUUGGAUAACUCACGUAGCCAUUUGGGGAUCUAUAAUUGCAACUUUUAUUUGUGUCAUCAUUAUUGAUGCUAUACCAACUUUAGUUGGUUACUGGGCCAUCUUUGAAAUAGUGAAGACUGGAAAGUUUUGGUUGUGUUUGCUUGCCAUCAUUGUAGCUGCGCUAAUUCCUCGUUUUGUUGUGAAGGUUCUUUAUCAGUUAUACACACCUUGCGAUGUUCAGAUUGCAAGGGAAGCUGAAAAGUUUCGGACUUUGAGUGAGUCUGCAGCUGUAGAAAUAGAAAUGAAUCCAAUCUUGGACCCUCCAAGGAGAUGAAAAAGAAUAUCAUGGCUUAGGAAUAGAGGAAGGAUUGCAGGUGCUGGGAUUUAAAUGCCAGACUUUCUGAAAGCUACCUCUUAAAAGUGGCUGCAAAGUUUUGGAUUCACUAAUUGGUUCGUUUAGUACAAGAGAUGAGUAUGACUUAGACUGUUAACUUGUGAUCAAUGAUGUUAGUAUCACAUUGGAAUUACCAAUGAUGCCAGAUAUCUCCUUGACACCAUCCAAACUGAGAAAACUUAGUUCAGUUCAUUCAAUCUCAUCAAGUUGUUGCAUUUCUUGCGGGACAAAAGAGAUCCUGAUCAGCUGUCAUUCUUCUCAAUAUCAUUGAGUUGGAUGAGUAGAAAUCAUCUUGCUGUCUAAAAUCUUUAAACACCAACCUUGAAACUGGAAUGGGGGGCAAUUAUCAAAAUAUAGAGUAAGAUCUACAUCUCUGAUUAUGUCAAACAAGUAACAGCAACAUGCAUGGCCAAGAUCUUGGAGUUAGCUGCAAGUUCAAAUGAAAACAUGAAGGGGUCAAAGCUUUGUGAUUGUAGUAGGAAACCAGAGAAGCCAAGGCAAAUGAAUGAAAAUAUGCAUGGCUGACAUUUCAAGCUCCUGAUUUAGUCAUUUUUGGUUUUUAGUUCCUGUUCUAUUAGUUCAACGAAAUAAAUAAUAAUUUUUUUAUUAUUAUUUGAGAAAGGAAGCUUCGAAUCUUACUCUUUUGAGUAUAGGAUCUUGCCCCAAUUACUAAGUCAAAUGCUCGGAUAUAAUAUAAUUUUUAUUUCCAAUGAAUGGUUUUUUAAUGUAAUCCCAUAGAUCCAUCAACGAGGCAUAGUU